AUGCAACAGAUAUCUAUUGUGACUGGUAGUGAACGAAAAAGAAGCGAAAUUAGUGCUGUUAUUGGUACCAAACUGCCCUAUACCUUUUUGGCCUAUGAUUUAGAUGAGAUUCAGGGGGCUCCUCGUGAUAUUAUUACAAGAAAGCUUCAAGAUGCUUAUGAAUUAGCUAAAGGACCCGUAGUGGUUGAGGACUACUCACUUUACAUUGAUCGCUUAGCUGGAUUUCCAGGACCUUAUGUGAAGUCCUUGCUUAAGAAUGGCGAGUUAGGCCGGAUUGUUAAGGAGUUAGCCGUAGUAGGAGAAGUGCGCUGCUCCAGUGAGUGUCUUUAUGGAUACACAAACAAGCAAGGCGAGACUUUUCUCUUCUCAGCUACUGCCCAGGGCGUACUAGUUCCUUCUGAAAGAGAAGCUUCUGGACUCUUUGGAGUGGAUGAGCUACUAGUUAUUGAUGGCACUGAUAAGCCGUAUCUUUAUCUUUCACCCGAGGAGAAAGACCAGCACUCUAUUAGGAAGAAAGCACUGGAGCAACUUAUGGCCCAUAUUGUUACCGAACAAAUAAGCACCCAAUAG